UGGUGGUGAACUCUCACUGCUGAAUACUAGUGAUCUCCGAUCUGGCUCAAGGCCUGCGCGGGAGCCGGCGCGUGGCCUGCCCUGCCAGGAGGCCGCGCACGGGAGGCCCCCCCCCCCAGGAGAUCACAUCCCCCUCCCGUCCCUCCUCCCUGCCCCCCGCGCGUUCCCCGCCACGGCGCUGGCCAGCGCUCGGGAGUGUCCCUCGCCAGGCGUCCUGCUGGCGCGAAGGCGCCCGCUGGCGAUACCGCCCCGCCGGGCCGCGGCGGGGUCCCCGCCGCCGCCCGCGCCGCGCGGGGCGCCGUCAGCGCCCUCGCGGCUCGGCCCUUGGCCGCGCGUCGCCGCGGCGGCGGCCGCCGCGGGAGCGAGUGCGCUGGUUCGGCGUGCCACCGCCGCGGCGGCGCCGUUCGCGGACGCUUGCGCCGCGGCGUACGUCGUCGAGCCGCACGCGAAGUGCAGUUUCGGCGGUUACGUCGAUGUCUUCGACCUGCGAGAGGCGCUGGGCAACCCGGCGAUGGGCUCGCGGUUGCGGGCGGACAUGGCGACGCGGUGCCGUCGCUGAGCGGGUGAUCAGCUCCACGUGCGGGUUUUCUGUCGUGUUCAUGAGUGGUUUCGUCUACCUCGUGGUCGUCGCAUGGACCUGGGGCUACGGAUGGGUCGUGCACCUGUUCGACGUGGGGGUCAUCGGCCUCGCGGGCAGCGGCAUUGUGCACCUCACCAGGGGCGUCAGCGCGGUUGCUGGCACCGUCGUGCUGGGCCCGCGCAAUGGCCGGUGGACGAACCCAGAGGAGCCCGACCCGCACAAUUUGCCACUCGUCAUGCUGGGAACCUUCAUCCUGUGGUUCGGCUGGUAUGGUUUCAACUGUGGCUCCACCCUCGGGAUGGACGCGGCUACGUGCAAGCUGACCGCCCACGUGGCCAUGAAGACCACCAUCGCCGCGGCGACUGGGGGCAUCGUGGUCUUCUUCCUCCGGUCCGCCAUCUACAGGUACUGCGACGUGAGCGGCCUGUGCAACGGCAUCCUGGCCGGCCUCAUGUCGAUCACGGCGUCGCGCGGCAACGUGGAGUCCAGCAGCGCGCUAUCGAUCGGAUUUGUCGGCGCUUUCGUGUGCCAGCUCGCCUCCAUGCUGCUCCGCAAGCGCAAGAUCGAUAACACGGUGGACGCGGUCCCUGUCCACGGCGCCUGCGGCAUCUGGGGCGUGAUCGCUGCGGUCAUCUUCGACAUGGGCCUGGACAAGGGCCACUUCCACGGCUGGAGCGGCUUCAGUUGCAUGACCACCGACGGCGGCGAUUGCCAGGAGGGUUUGUCCAGCGAUGCAUCGCAGCACGCCUCAUCAUGAUCGCCGUCAUUGUGGUCUGGUUCAGGUUCCUCUCCGGCGUCUUGUCCCUGCUCAAGUUGACUGGCCUCCGGCGCAUCGAAGACGCCACGGAGCCGCUCGAUCUCGAGCCAUACGACGCCAUCGGCCUCCCGUCCGAUGAGCUCUUCGACAUACCGCCUCGUGCAGUCCAAUUUCUAGCCGUACGACGCCUACGGCCAGUUCCCUGAGGUUUUCUCUUGGAAGUGAUAAUCCCUCCCGUUCCACUGGGUUGGUGUUAAGCCCGAAAUGAAAUAAAACAACUGUCUACUCAAAGCACCAUGGAGGUUUGGGGUGAACCGCAUAAGCCCCUGUUUCGAACUACGGCUUGAAUUUCAUAGGCCGCCCCCGCCCUGCAGACAAACCGUGGGGUUCGGGCGAGCACCCGUUACAGUCAAUCGGUGAUUCAAUUGUGGCAGUCCUGACAAUGGGACGUCAGAAGCACGGAGUAUGCCACAAGCAGAGUCAUUGUUGCCAGGAGACUCCUGUUCCUCCCCAGUCCUACUGGUGCCAGGGCAAAGCGCUCGGCAACCGGGGGCGGCUACCGCGCCAGAGCCCUGGCGCCGUCCCGUCCGCGCCGGCCGCGCGUUGCUGCCCAUCUGCCGUACCAGGCGGCUUGUUUUGGUGCGGCCGCCACGUUUCAGCUUCAUUUUGCCGUGUUGUCUUCGUUAGUCACCGCCUCCACGGCCGUGCAUUGUCGGUCUCACGGCGUUGGGAACUCACGCUAUUCGUAGCCGCGUGCCUUCGCCCUUUGAGAUUCCUUUUUGUUCAGUCGUUUGUUCCCAGCUCCUGAGCAUAUUGUACGCUGCCCCCCGGCGUGUGGUUCAGGAAGUGUGGCCGUGGCGAGCUUCGGCUUUCGCCCGCCCUGCCCGCCUUGCCGGUGCGGUUUGCGUUGUGCAUGCUGCUCCCAGCGUGUCCGGCUGUGCUUGUACAGCUCGUGUCUCGUGCCAGUCGCUUCUCGCAUGGCGGCCGCAUUAGGCAUCUCGCUUCUCUCUCCUCCCUCCUUCCCCUUUUGUAUAAUAUGGUUGAGCGCUUUCAUUGUACACGACAGCUUGGUUUACCGGGCGUUGUCUUGAUAAGUUUUCCCCCUCCUCUUUGCUUUUGCCUUCAUCGUUUUAGUGUAUGUGUUUUUUUGCUCUGGUUGCAUCCCGUCCCCACGCACGGCUUUAGCUUGAAACGGGGAGCUCUACACGACGGGGUCGAUGCACGUGUAAAGGCGUGCGCCCGUGGAGUAAUUGCAUCACAUUGCCUGAUUCGAGUUCUGCGCGUUUCAUUUUGACGCUGGGCGGGUGGAUUGUCAGGUGGCUGCGUUUUCCUUUUCCGAGAGGAAAAAAAUC